AUGUCAAUGGAUAUAUCUUGUUGCUCACCAAAAAACGACAGUACAAAAGAAGACCCCGACUCAGAGGAUGACAUAUACGAAAGGUUUGCAUCGACCGAAGAUGCACUUAAAAACAUUCUCCCAGACGCCUCUAAAACCGAUAUUGAAAAAUAUGCUCAACAACUUGAGGACGUCGAGAACUAUGACCCUAUACUGGUAAUUUCGCCGAAUUAUAAUUGGAUACAUCAACACUCUCACCAAAAUUACCAAAAAAUUAUGAACGAAUUUGCAACCAAUGGUCUCCAACAAAACCGAAGAGAUAAAGGUUCGCUCUGCGUAUUUCAUUUCGCAGAUGUGACCGAACUCUAUGCCGUACGCCGAAACAUCCGUGCAAUAUACCCCCACGCGUUCUUCGACCCUCGUGCUCAACCUCAACAGCAUCCAAUUGGUACUGCGUGGGUACUUUAUAAAAUAGGGAUGCGAAAAAGUGACUAUGAUGCAGAUGAGUGUUUCUUUCUCUUGCCCUGA